CGGCGGGCGCCCGGGCGGGUUCCGCGCUGAGCCGCCACCUCGGCCGGCUGGUCUUUGCGGAGGCUGCCCGGGCGGCCCGGGCGCACGGCCCUUCGCCAUGUAUACCUUCGUGGUGCGCGACGAGAACAGCAGCGUCUACGCCGAGGUCUCGCGGCUGCUGCUCGCCACCGGCCACUGGAAGAGGCUCAGGCGAGACAACCCCAGGUUCAACCUGAUGCUGGGCGAGAGGAACCGGCUGCCCUUCGGGAGAUUGGGUCACGAGCCUGGGCUGAUGCAGUUGGUGAAUUACUACAGGGGGGCUGACAAACUGUGUCGCAAAGCUUCUUUAGUGAAGCUAAUCAAGACGAGCCCAGACCUGGCUGAGUCCUGCACAUGGUUUCCAGAGUCCUAUGUGAUUUACCCAACUAAUCUCAAGACCCCAGUUGCCCCAGCACAGAAUGGAAUCCACCCACCGAUCCAUAGCUCAAGGACAGAUGAAAGGGAAUUCUUCCUGGCUUCUUACAACAGAAAGAAGGAAGAGGGAGAAGGCAAUGUUUGGAUUGCAAAGUCAUCAGCUGGUGCCAAAGGUGAAGGCAUCCUCAUCUCCUCGGAGGCUUCAGAACUUCUGGAUUUCAUUGACAACCAGGGUCAGGUGCAUGUGAUCCAGAAAUACCUUGAGCACCCUCUGCUUCUGGAGCCAGGUCACCGCAAAUUUGACAUUCGAAGCUGGGUCUUAGUGGAUCAUCAGUAUAAUAUCUACCUCUACAAAGAGGGUGUGCUUCGGACUGCUUCAGAACCAUAUCAUGUUGAUAAUUUCCAAGACAAAACCUGCCAUUUGACCAAUCACUGCAUUCAGAAGGAAUACUCAAAGAACUAUGGAAAGUACGAAGAAGGGAAUGAAAUGUUCUUUGAGGAGUUCAAUAAGUACCUAAUAAGUGCUUUGAACAUUACGCUGGAGAGUAGUAUCUUGCUACAAAUUAAACAUAUAAUAAGAAGCUGCCUCAUGAGCGUGGAGCCCGCCAUCAGCACCAGGCACCUCCCUUACCAGAGCUUCCAGCUCUUUGGCUUUGACUUCAUGGUGGACGAGGAGCUGAAGGUCUGGCUCAUUGAGGUCAACGGCGCCCCAGCUUGUGCCCAGAAGCUCUAUGCAGAACUGUGCCAGGGCAUCGUGGACAUAGCCAUAUCCAGUGUCUUCCCGCCCCCAGACGUGGAGCCACAGCACGUCCAGCCGGCCGCGUUCAUCAAGCUGUGACCCAGGGAGGCGCCCAGAGCUGCCUCAGAAGAAGCAUGAGCUCCUGCUCCAGGGGAAGGUGAAAGGUCAGGAUCGCUCAUUCCCAAGCCAGAACUGGAGAAAGAGAGGCAACCGGCCAAGCCGUGAUCGAAGAGAGAGCAUGAGAAAAAAAGGCGACUUCCCCGAAGAGUGGUUGCUCAGGGGUUCCCAGGUGGUGCUCGCAGCACUGCUGUCGAGAUGUGAAAACCGCGGCAAACUUCUCUGAGGGGAGAGUACAAUAUUCUUCUAAGGGGAAAAGACAGGGACUUGAUUAUUUUAUGUUCUCGUUCUUUAAAAAAAAAAAAAAAAAAAAUCCAAUUUUUAUCCUAAAGCAGCAUUGUGAGCAGCGCCUCUCCUCCCUGGGGAUCGAGACUGUUGGACCUUUGGUUGGUGUCUUUCCACCUGCUGCAGCCUUAGUGCCUUAGCUCUAUGCCCAGCUGCAACCCUUUUGUCUGGGACAGGGAUCGGAUGUGAUAGCUUUCGGGAGGUGGCCGAUGUGUUCCCCGCCCAUCCUUCUCCACAGCACCCUGCCCGUGGGAGUCUGGACAAGCAUGCACCAACAGUCCUUGGUUCCGUGCUAGGCGCCACCUCGCGGCAAAGGGGGUUUUCCUCACCACGUUCCUGAUGGCGUUUGGUCAGUCACCUGUCAGGGUUGCUGUGGGCUGGGCACCAAAACGGCAAAUGCUGCUCUCGAUCUGCUCUGUGCAUGUUUUAGAAACCAAACAGCAAGUUUGCCACAACAUAAGCAUCAAAUAAGCAUGAGAGAGAAAAAAACACGAUGUCUUGCUUUACUUAAUAGUUGGGUAUGGUGGAUCUUUGAAAUAUGAUGAUUCUCAGUUAUCUUGGUUUUAACCAGAACUCUACAUGCACUUUUGCAAAGUUCCCUUUUGUUCUCUUUUUCUUGUUGUUGUUGUUAUUGUUGUUGCCGUUUUAACUUUUGUAAAAACCCCUCUAGGGGGCAGGAGAGUAGAAUUCCACAUACACCCCACCGCCGCCACCAGGUGGCACUGCCCCAGACCCAGGCGGCUUUCCUCCAUUUUCUUGCUCUCCAAGCACCUCCUGCAGGAGCUGGAAGAGGUUUUGUUCCAGGGUUUUGUUCUUUUCUCUGCUUCUGCCUCUUGACAUCAGGGUGAGGCUCCAAACGAGUGUAUGUCUGGCCUGGGAAAGACAUGGUUUCAGAGCUCCACAGAGCAUCUUAUAGGUCAACAAGUGUGUCCUAUUAGGUGUACUUUCCAUUUACUGGAUCAAAUAUUCUGUAGAUUUUUCAGGAGGCUGCAUCACUACCAGUGGGAAGAACAAGAUGCUACUUGCGUUCAGUGAGAGCUGACUGAACAGGUCCUCCAGAGAGUGUGCUGGGAACCACAGCAGGCCCCCUGUCCAAUACAUGCUUGUUCUUCCUGCGUGUAUAUAUGUGCUCCAUUAUUCUUUCUACUUGUCACCAGACAACAGUUCUGUAGUCAGGGAGACUUUUAAAAAGAGAAAAGAGAGCAACGCCUCCUCAAACAUGAUGAGAUGUGGGAGCUUACAGUGAAGAAAGGAAUAUUUCAUAGAUGCAGCAGUGGGUGUAGGAUGUGAUGGCAUUAUGUCGGGGUGAAGGAGAAGGGCCCAGCUGGUUUAGCUUUUCUGUGAAUUUGGAAUUACAAGACAAAAGCCCGGGUGGUUACCCAGAAAACAGAUAAUGAGGUUUGCAUCCAGAGCAAAAUAAAACAGUUAGUGGUGGAGGUGUCAGUCUUGGAGGCCCAGCACUGUUGGGUUAGUGUCUAGAAAGUCUAAGUGUCUGAGUCCUUGGGAGGUCUCUGUGGACUGGUUUUGGGGAAAGCAUGGAGGUUUCUAUAGUGCUAUCACAUGUGAACGCAGAUUUGUAACAAUCUUUUCGACCCGAAUUAAAGGGACAUUUGAGAGUUUUCCAGCGCUUACAGU